CUUCCGGGUACCAUAUAAUAAGAUCCAGAAAGAAGAUGGAAAAAGUCACUCGAACCAUCAAAAAGGUCUUAUCCGACCUUCAAGCUGGGAAUAUACCGGCGGCUGUUGUUGGAGAGAUAGCUUUGAACUACUACAACGUUCCCCGAGUAGUCCAUGAUGUGGAAAUUUGCGUUCCAGUAUCUUUUCUGUCCGACGCUGUAUCUACUCUCUGCUUGACCAAGCAGUACACCAUCAAGGAGCAGCAAGAAUACGACAUUUUCACGCAAUACAAAAGAGGGUUCCCGGCGCUCGAAGCGACAUCUACCAAGAUGUCCAUCGUGAUCUUCUCCGAUGCGCAUUUUCAUCUCUCUCCGCUGGAACACCACCUCGUACCUUGUGAUGGGGUGCCGCUGAUCAGCUACAGUCGUGAGAUCCUGGAUCUAGUUCCUGUGGACGAGAUCCAGCAUCUUCCGGUGCCACGCCUUGCCUCCUAUGUGAUCGGACUUUGUCGAAGAUACUUCGAGCAUCAUGACGCUAUGGCGAGGAUUGCCGCGGAGCAAUUGGUGGAUGGAAUGGAUCUGGACGAGGAGUGGAUUCGUACCAACCUGCGGGAAGUCCCCCUCAAGGCGAGGGAACUAAUGAUCAUGCUGGUGGCUGAAAAGUCGUCGAGGAGGGAUGAUAUAUUUUUGGACGUCAUCACGCCCGGCUCUGUAGUAGAGAACGGGAUGGAAGGACUACGGCUGAUUCCUGGUUCUGGGUAUUAGUACGGCGUGUGCAGCCAAGUUCACGCCUAAUCACGCCUUGUGGUAGUGCAUAGACCUUUUCUCUCCUAAUUGUACGUUAGCCUCGCGGAGCGGCUGCUCCUUGGCGUCGACGUCCCCUGGAGGAGUAAUUCGGCGCUAAUUGAUAGAGCAGGGAUUAUAACUGUCCAUCCG